AUGCUUAUACGCCUUGCACCUGCACUCAUCGCGUACUUGUCCGUGGUACUCGCGCGCGCGAGCCUCGCGACAUCGUCCGGUGUCGAUGUCGAUGAAGCUGACGGAAGUAUGCCUCUUCCACCUCCAGACAACCUGCCACCCAGUCCAGCACGCGACGAGAUUCGUCAACGCAUCAGCGAGAUCGAGGCCGGAGCCGUCGAUGGGCUGACAUCCGCUCUGGAAGACGAGCGGCGGGCCCUGUACACCAAGUGGAACAGCACGCUUCCCAUUCAAACCCGUCUGCCCAUCGAGCUCCUCCUCCGUGUCUUCGCCGCCUGCUUCCAGCCCGCUCGCCCCGUCGAUGACGAUCCCAAACGGACCCACAGACGGCGCAAGGUGCUCCUCCUCGUCUGUCGGGCGUGGCGCGAUCUCAUCGAGUCUGCGCCUGAUCUAUGGACUUUCAUCACCACACACAUGCCCCGACGACUCUACGAGCUCGUCCUGUCCCGCUGCAAGCAUGCCACGCUGGAUAUCUCCUUCGACCGGGAGUCGGAAUGGUUAUUUGGGGGUGUCCCUCUCUCCCCCGACCUCGCACCUCUCAUCCUUCCCGAAGAAGACGUUCCAAAAACGGUGAUGAUGAAGACGAGGGGAGCCAGACGGGUGAUGGCGAAUGGCGCUCUUUACUCCCGCACGUACUCGAUGUCGUUUCUCCAAGCCCUCUUCUGCGAUAGAACCUGGCCCGCUCUCCAAGCGUUGUGCAUCUUCGAUGCCGGAGCGGUGAAGGAUAUUCUCUGCGUCACCUCGAACUUCUUCCCGAACCUUCAGCACCUCCAGCUUGAAGGCGUGAUGUUCCCCACUGAGCCGACGAUGUUUCCUCGCUUCAGGUCGCUUGACCUCAGCGGUGCAAGGACUCGGCGGCUACCCCUUGAAGACCUUCUCAUCUGUCUCUCCUCGGCCCAUUACCUUGAAAAACUGUCGCUGAACGUGGACGGUCCUAUAAUCAGCAACUCACGCGAGGUGGCUCAUCCACCCCAACUUCGUCUUCCCUUAGAGCUACCGCAUCUGUCCUCUCUGGGAAUCGGUUCCAACAGUAACGACGAGAUGGUGUUGCUCCUUCACGCCUUCCCUCUCAUCAGGUCCCCCACUGCUCUCGACUUUCUGUACAUUUCCAACGAUGACUGGCGCCAACCUCCCCCAAACACCAACUCAGGCCGCGGUCCCAGCAUCGUGGAUGCCUUCUUCCCGACUCGCGCACCUGAUACGACGCCCAUUCCCAUCCCCCCUUCCGUGCGCAAUCUGUACAUCUAUCUUCCCAUGGAGAUCACGGGGUUUUCCACCACCGAUCGGUACAGUGGAAAACCUGAGAAAGUCAGACUGUUCACGUGGAGGGCCGAGCCAUUCGACGACCACGUCGACGAGGAGGGACCGCAGAACCUCUACGGUCUAUCUAACGCCAUCGACGACGUCCUCAUUUUGUUCCGGCACAUCCCCCUCACCCAGCUCACGUUCAUCGCCCAUGGCCCGUUGCACCCUGCCGAUAACCGGUGGGACGAGCUCUUCCGCGCGUUCCCCGCGCUUGAGUACCUCUACGUCGUCGGGGACGGGACUCCCAUUGCUUUCCUCCGCGCGCUCAUUCCUUCAUCCGUCGAUGGCGACUCACCUUCACCCUGUACGGCCCUGGAAAGCUUGACGUAUAUGGUCAACCCGUCGAACGUGGAGGAUACGAAGGCAACCUUUGAAGCUACGAUCGAUUGCCUCCGGGCUCGCGCGAUACGAGGGAUGCAUCCUCUGCGGGAGCUGCAUAUACAUGUGGAGCUGCCGAAGAGGCGUGGUAAGAAGUGGAAAACCCUGGUCGAUGUCGAGCCGUACUUGGCGCAGCUGCGCGAGAUGGUGUCGGGGGGGUUCGAGUUCUUGGAUGUGCACAGUAAUUGA